AUGACAAAGGAAUUUACAUCGGAAGAAAAUGAAGAAAAUACGGUCGAAAAAAAUUUGUCUUUAGAGGUUAGGCCAUUACCAUCUCAGGUUGAAAAUCAACAUACAGAGAGGACGAAUUCAGUAGUAGUGAUAGUUCAGGAAAGAACUAAAGCGCAGAAACCAGUCAAACGAUUGAAAAUUAUAACACUGAGCGGAUUCAAAGAUGAUCAUUUCUCACAAUGGAGCAAUUGGUCACCAUGUAGAAGAGCUGGUGAAAGAAGCAUAAGAAGACGGAAAUGCUACAAUCUACAAAAAUGUGUUGGCGCAUUAAUGGAAGUCAAGAAAUGUCCUAAAACAGUACAAGAAGAGUCUGAAUUUGAAGGUAUAAUAUUUCUUUACAGACUUUUGCAAAUAUACGAGUGA